GUGCUCUUGCAUCCGGUCUAUUCUUUUUGUGAGGGAACCAUCCGGUCUAUUCUGAUUUUCCGAUCCAGCAGGUUGUCUGGAUCACUGCUCUACUACAGUGCCAUUUGUGAAGCAUGGAGGAGAAUCGGAGCGAUAUCCCGCUCAUCUCCGGCUCCGAGCUGCCGGACAGGAGGGGAGGAGGCAAGAUCUCCGAGCUUGCGAAGGAGGUAUGGGGAGAGUCCAAGAAGCUGUGGGUGGUCGCCGGCCCGGCCGCGUUCACGAGGCUGACAUUCUAUGGCAUGACCGUGGUCAGCCAGGCCUUUGCCGGGCACAUCGGUGACCUCGAGCUCGCCGCCUUCUCCAUAGCCACCACCGUCAUUUCUGGUCUCAGCUUUGGCUUCUUUGUUGGCAUGGCGAGUGCAAUGGAGACGCUGUGCGGCCAAGCCUACGGUGCAAAGCAGUACCACAUGAUGGGCAUCUACCUGCAGCGCUCGUGGCUCAUCCUCCUCAGCUUCGCCGUGCUUCUUACUCCGACCUACAUCUUCAGCGAGCAGCUGCUCACCGCGCUGGGCCAGCCCGCCGAGCUGUCGCGCCAGGCGGGCUUGGUCAGCCUGUACAUGCUCCCGCUGCACUUCGUCUACGCCAUCGUCCUGCCGCUCAACAAGUUCCUGCAGUGCCAGCGCAAGAACUGGGUCGCCGCGGUCACCACGGCCGCGGCGUUCCCCGUUCACGUCGUCGCCACCUGGCUGCUGGUGCGUUGCUUCCGGCUCGGGGUCUUUGGAGCAGCGAUGGCGCUCACCCUGUCCUGGGCACUCGCCACGGUGGGUCUCCUCUCGUAUGCCUUGGGCGGCGGGUGCCCGGAGACGUGGAGGGGAUUCUCAGCUUCUGCCUUCGUGGACUUGAAGGACUUCAUCAAGUUGUCCGCGGCGUCUGGUGUCAUGCUCUGCUUGGAGAAUUGGUACUACCGGAUCUUGGUUUUCCUGACGGGCUAUGUGAAGAACGCUGAACUGGCUGUCGAUGCACUGUCCAUCUGUAUAAGUUAUGCUGGAUGGGAGAUGAUGAUUCAUUUGGGAUUCUUAGCAGGCACUGGGGUGAGGGUGGCUAAUGAGCUCGGUGCAGCCAACGGAGCACGAGCGAGAUUUGCGACAAUUGUGUCGAUGACGACAUCAUUUCUGAUCAGCCUAUUCAUUAGUUUGCUCAUCCUGAUUUUCCAUGACAAACUCGGAAUGAUCUUCUCGUCGAGUCAGGCUGUGAUUGAUGCAGUAGACAACAUUUCCUUUCUGCUGGCCCUCACCAUCCUCCUCAACGGAAUCCAACCUGUGCUCUCUGGAGUUGCUGUUGGCUCAGGGUGGCAGGCAUUGGUUGCUUAUGUCAACAUUGGGAGCUAUUACUUGAUUGGUGUUCCUUUCGGUUUUCUGCUAGGAUGGGGCUUGCAUUAUGGGGUUCAAGGAAUUUGGGUCGGAAUGAUCGUUGGCACAAUGGUGCAAACUCUAAUACUGGCAUAUAUCACUCUACGGUGUGAUUGGAAUGAAGAGGCAUUGAAAGCUAGUACCCGAAUGCGGAGAUGGAGCAACUCCAAGUGAGUUUUAGCCUUCAUCCAUAUGUGGAAGGAGCAGCAAGAAGUGCGGACAUAGCUAUAAGAGUAUCUUUAAAGUAUUUCUUAGCUGACACUCUAAAUCAUUAUCUAGAGAGCUAUUAAAUAAAAAUCACUCCAUGUGUAUCUUUCCACCCUCUGACAGUUUUUCUAUCUUAUGUGUAUUUUAGAGAGUUAGAUCCAACUUUUCAUCUUUGGCUAGUGAAAAACUGAAAUAAAGGAUGACAAUAUUUAGAGAUCCAA